AUGACCCACGAGCUUCUUGUUUUUGGCCUUCCUAUUUUGUCCACUUUUGUUUUUUUGGCCACUUUGUUUUUUUUGACCUUCUUGUUUUCUUUUUUUGGCCUUCUUGCUUUUGGCUGUUUUUGUCCUUUUACUUUUUGGCCUUUGUACUUUAGCCUCUUGUCCCUGUCCCUUGGGUCUAGACUGUGCCUGUCACUGGAGAUUGACCCCUCUGUCCUGCAGCAUUUGUCUGCGGUUGUCCCUGCUUGCAAAGCCUCUCUAUCUAGUUUUGACCCUCGUCUGAUUUUGACCCUUCCGCUUAUCUUGGUCCUUUUUGACCCUCUUUUGACCCAGCGCCAACGCCCUGCGCAGAAACACCCGCAGUACAUCCGGACUCCGUUUCUUCUUCGCGACGGUUACCGUUUUCCACCAUGUUUUAAUAUGGGCCAAUUCUUCCUUGGUUAUCACCAGCUUACAAUUUGGACCCCCAUUGUCCAUCAACAUCAGUUCAUCAAAUAUCAUUCAUCCAUCAACUGGACUUUGUCCAAUGCCUGCUUCCCGACUCCCUACGCCGAGUUCUGUGGUCCAUCGUCGUCGUCUUUCCUUUUUUCCUAG